AACAGAUCAGAGGGAGGAAGGGAGAGGAGGGACUGUGAUUUCAGCAGCAGGCGGGCAAGCUGUAGCUCACCUCCACCAGCGAUACCGACACAACAGCCAGGCCUUGACUCUGGAAUAUUUCUCACACUAUCGGCUAGUUGUAUGAAUGAACGUCUCUGUUAUCUGGGACCAUGGUUGGACUCUCAGCCACUGCUGUAGAGGCAAUGGAGCAGUUAGUGAGUGAGCUGAGCGCACUCCUGAAGUUGCUGGAUCAGGAGACUCUGAGCUCAUCAACGCAGGAGAAGAAGACUUCAGUGUGGAACCUCCUGCAGCAGAUACAACCAUCAGUUUCGGGAACAGACUAUAUCUAUGUGAACUCAGCAGUGUACAGGAAUGGCACCAGCUUUGUGGAGUCACUCUUUGACAAGUUUGACUGUGAAGUUGGAGACCUAAAGGAUGUUACGGACGAUUUGAAGCUAGAAAAAGACGCACAAAGCGAGACUUUGAAACAGGACUGUGGAGACUCCUCAGCUGUGCAUUCAGCCGGCUCUCCUCCCCCUCUGCCCACAACACCUCCUCCUGAGGAUUAUUAUGAGGAGGCAGUGCCACUCAGUCCGGGCAAGAUGCCUGAAUACAUCAUCGCUAGAGUUCGACCUAGCCCUCCCACCUCUAUAGAGGAUGGAUAUGAAGAUGCAGACAACAACUACCCAACUACUCGCAUCAUCUCCCAUCGUAAAAACUCCUAUAAUGAUUCUGAUGCUCUGAGUAGCUCUUAUGAGUCAUAUGAGGAAGACGAGGAAGAGAGGAGUCCCGGUGUGCAGCUGACACAUCAGUGGCCCUCAGAUGAGAGCUCCAUGCCCCCAACCAGGGACUGUCGGAUCUGUGCCUUCCUGCUACGCAAGAAACGCUUCGGCCAGUGGGCCAAACAGCUCACGGUUAUACGAGAGAAUCGAUUACAAUGUUAUAAGAGUUCCAAGGAUACAUGUCCCUACGUGGACCUGCUGCUGCCCCAAUGCACUGUGGUCUACGCCCCCAAGGAUAGCAAACGGAAGAACCAUGAACUCCGGUUCACCUUACCCAACGGAGAUGCUCUGGUUCUGGCUGUGCAGAGCAAAGAGCAAGCGGAGCGAUGGCUCGGGGUUAUCAGAGAGGUGAAGGGCCAAUGCACUGGGUCGGAGGUAUCCGCGUCCCCCGUCAUUCUGAGGAAAAUCGAACUUGACAAGAGGUUAUCUGCAGAAAGGAACAAUUCAGAUUCAGAUGUUGGAGUAUCAACGGGGGAGAACUUCCGAGAAAAUACAGGUAAGGUGAAGCGUGGUGCCUUAGCUGCAGGUCGAAAGAUCACACGUAUCAUCAGCUUCUCAAAGAAGAAGACUUCUCGAACAGCCUACACCGACCCUCGACAAGGUUAUCUGUCAGUGCUCAUCAACCAAGAGUGGCAGGAGCACUGGUGCUGUGUGUGCAGAGGCUUCCUGCAUUUCUACCAUGACAGAGGCGACCAUCAGACCUCCUUGCCUUCCCUCCCACUGCAUGGCUGUGAAGUGGUGCCAGGCCUGGGACCCAAGCAUCCCAUUGCCUUCCGGAUCUUACGAGCAAGCACCACCUUGGCUGCUCUGGAGGCAGCCAACUCUGAGGACCUUGGCAGAUGGCUCGGGGUUCUCUUGGCAGAAACCGGCUCCACAACAGAUCCCGAGUCUCUGCAUUACGACUGCGUGGACGUGGAGACCAUUGCUAAUAUUCGCAAUGCUGCUCGCCAUUCCUUCCUAUGGGUCACGUCCUCCGCAAGUAACACAGACUUCAGAACAUAUGACGAGGUCCCAAAUGAGGAUGUUCAGCAGUCUAUCGAGAGCUGCCGGCAGCAGUGGGGGAAUCAAGGCAAGUGGCAAUCCAGUUUGUCUAGCAGGGAUUCUGAAAAAAACAAAUUGUUCAACUCCCUCGAACGAACAGGUUCAAAUUCUAACAACCAGUAUGGAAGGUAUGGGAAAACACGAGCGGAGGAGGAUGCUAAGCGAUACCUGAAAGCAAAAGAAGAGCUGGAAAAAGAGAAGGAGGGAAUUCGGCAUACCCUCUCAAACCUCCGACAGGAGAAACGAGAGCUAAAGGAACAGCUGCAAACAGCUUCUGAGAAGAGAUGUGUCCUCUUGAACCAGCGCGUGUCCCAGCUGGAAGAAGCUUGUCGGGCUAAAGAAGCAGCGCAAGUGGACCUGGAACUGCGACUGUCCCAAGUCAAAGAAAACCUCAAGAAAAGCCUGGCAGGUGGAGUUCUUGGUGCCCCUGUGGAAACUGUCCCUCCCGUCAAGGGGUCCAGAAAGAAGACACAUAAUAUCUACAGUGACACCUUACCAGUAAACUGUGCUGCGGAGAUGCGCAAGAGACCGCCCUCUGUGUAUGCUUCAUCGUCAGGAACUGUCAUGCAGAAGGCAAAGGAAUGGGAAUCAAAGAAAGGAAAUUAAAGGCAGAACCUUCAGAAGUACUUGCAGUAAAUGGAACUGAUUACAGGAUGUAACAGUUGCAACCUGCCAACCUGCUGAGGAGAACUUCUCAGCAGCAUUCAGAAGCACAGAUGCCCAACGAGUCGUUGCAAUGAAAGAAAAUAGCCACUAGAUGGAGGUACGUCCUCUAUAAUGCUCUUGACCAACUUCAGCGCCUGAAAGGACUUGAUUCAGAAAUCCAAAGACUGUCUUUCAAAUUUUCAGCUUUAAAAAUGUAGAACUUAAUGUGGGAAGCACAAAUGAGAUAUUUAGAGUUUUGGAAUGUCGUAAAGCGUAGUGCAAUGUAAAUAGAAGUUUAUAUUGGCUCAGGUGGUUGUGGUUUAAUAUGAGGAAAGGCUUGUGAAUGUGAUGUGGACUGAUGAAAUGAUUGGAAGUAGAUCAAGUCACAAUGUGCCUUUUCAUCAAUUUUAUGUUUUUUUUUAAAAUUUUUACGGUGACUGUUUCAUGUGUUUCGAUCUUUGUGUAUAGUUCUUUUGUUUGUGUUUUCGUAAGGCUUCGGAUAGCGGAAUCCUGCCAUCUUUAAAAGGACACGCUUCACUAGAUGUGCUCUUAGUUUAGCUUGUAAAUACGUCCUACAUCAUUUUAGAUUCAUCUUAGGCCAUAGAUGAGCCAUGCAUCAAGAGAUUGGAUGCAAAAAUGUAACUCACUCCUGUCAAAGUAGGGAAGUCUUACCUUUUUCAUUUACCUGCAAAACCUGUGUUGAAUUUUGCACUUUAAGAUUGACCUGGGUGCAGACAGAACCUCAAAGUCAUUAAAUUGAUUCAUGCUAUUUAUAGCCAUGACGUUUAUUUUAAUAAGAUUACGAUGCUGAUCCCAUUCAAGAAGAUACCCAAUCAUUUAAUGCGUUUUUCUUUCUUCAAGCAGUGUUGUCUUUCUACCUUUUUUUUAAUUUUCAGAUCCCUGCCUGCAUAUGCCACGUCAUUAAAAAAAAAGUUUUAAGGA